UGGGACUUUCUCCAGUUGUACCUGGCCAACCUGGAGGCCAAGGGCAGGCAGGUGGCCGCGCUCCUUCCAUCUCGAGGCAGAGGGGAAGCCAACGAUGAGCUCUUCCGGGAGGGCUCCAGGCUCAGGCGGCAGCUGGCCAAGCUGGCCCUCAUUUUCAGCCACAUGCACGCGGAGCUGGGUGCGCUCUUCCCCCGGGGAAGGUACUGCGGGCACAGGUACCAGCUCACCAAGGCCGCGGCCCAUGACUUCUGGAGGGAGCGCUGUGGUGCCCGCUGUGUGCUGCCCUGGGCCGAGUUCCAGUCACUGCUGAGCACCUGCCACCCCGUGGAACCUGGUGCCACCGCCCAGGCCCUGCGCUCCACCAUCGACCUCACCUGCAGCGGCCACAUAUCCGUCUUCGAGUUUGACAUCUUCACCAGGCUCUUCCAGCCCUGGCCGACAUUGCUGAAGAACUGGCAGCUCCUGGCCGUCAACCACCCAGGCUACAUGGCCUUCCUGACGUAUGAUGAGGUGCAGGCAUGCCUGCAGGCCUGCAGAGACAAACCAGGCAGCUACAUCUUCCGGCCCAGCUGCACCCGCCUGGGGCAGUGGGCCAUCGGGUACGUGAGCACGGACGGCAGCAUCCUGCAGACCAUCCCUCCCAACAGACCCCUGUUCCAGGUGCUCCUGGAAGGACAAAAGGACGGCAGCUUCUGCUACCCAGACGGGAAGAACCACAACCCAGACCUGACAGAGCUCUGCCAGGCAGAACCUCACCAACGCAUCCAUGUGUCAAAGGAGCAGCUGCAGCUGUACUGGGCCAUGGACUCCUCCUUCGAGCUGUGUAAGAUCUGCGCGGAGAGGAACAAGGACGUGCAGAUUGAGCCGUGCGGACACCUUCUCUGCAGCCACUGCCUGGCUGCCUGGCAGCACCAGGACAGCCAGACCUGCCCCUUCUGCCGCAGCGAGAUCAAGGGCCGAGAGGCCGUGAGCAUCUAUUGGCUCUCAGGGGAGACAGCGGAGGGUGGGGCCGCUGCUGUGGACACGGAGGACAGCGGUGACCAAGAGGAUGUGGAGCUGGAGCAGGUGGCCCCCUAUGCUCCCCCUCUCCCCCCUCGGCUAGAUCUGCCCCCCAGGAGACCCAGAAGUGAAUGCCAGCUGGAGGUGGCACCUCUGGCCCUCCCCCGGCUCCGGCCCCCCUUUCCCUUGCCCAGAGUGAGGACUGUGGCCUCAGCCGUGUGGAAUGCCACCCCCAGGGCCCAGGCCGCGGAAGGGGCCACAGAAAACUCCUAAAGGAAAGCACACCCCUCCAGCUGCCCCGGUGGGGCCCCGAUGGCUCCCCAGGCCUUGAAACCAGGGCGCCCAGAUGUGUCCGCUGCAGGGACCCUCGGGCUGGAGGGGGUUUGUGAAGCAGAAAUAAAAGUGCCAAGCCUGACUGGACCUCUCGUGUGUGAAGGAAAAGGGCAGCAGCCGCCAGGGGGCAGCUUGUCGCUGAGAAAGGGUGGACCCCGAGCCUGGGGACCACAGGAUCACCCGGGAGCCCCAGCCCCACGCCCACUCUGCCCCCCACAUGGCAUAGAGGCGCCCGGGCUUCUCCAGUCCUGGGAGUCCAGCCCCACCCCAUCAUGGCGGGCUUGCAGGGGUGCAGAGGGUGCCCCUGACUGGCCUGAAGUCAGGGAGGGCUUCCGGGAGCGUCAGUGGCUGGGCUGAGACGGGAAAGGUGACAUGAGGCACGGGGAGGAGGCUCAAAAGUCUGUGUCAGGGAUUUAUUUCUCUCCAAGCCACGGAAGCCGCCUCAGGGACAGAAAGGGACUUUACUGACAAGGUAUGGAUGGGUCGCUCAGAAUCCCAGAGUGACCCGGAGAGCGGGGAUUGGAACCCAGGCGGGACCACACUGGCCAUCAGCAGUCACCGGCCAGUCACUCCGCAGAACGGCCCCAGGAGGCCACGCCGGGGCCCCAGCUCACAUCACCGCCUCAGCUGUCCCGGAAGCAGGAUGCGGCUGCUUUUCUCCUCAGCCACGCUCAACACGUCGCUCCAUGACUUCGCAGUGGAGGACAGAGCUGGCUGCGUUUAUUGCUCAUGGUUGCUGGGGCCAGGAUCUGGGGUGACCCUGAAAUGAGUGACUCUGGCUUAAGGUGCAAUCAGAAGGCACAAAUGAGUGGCACUUGGAGCAGGGAUGCUGAGGGCCGGAUGGUCUCCGUACCCCUGGUCCUGCCCUUGUGGAUCCAAUCUACUGUGAAUUGAUAUUUGUUUUUGAAACAGGAUCUUGCAGUGUAAUUCAGGCUUUCUUGAAUUUGAGGCACUCUUCCUGCCCCAGCCUCGGCGAGUGCUGGGAUUAUAGCAUGCGCCAUCACGCCCAGUGAUA